AUGCCUUCGGACGAGGAAUAUGCCCAACUCCAGAAGUUGUCGGAUGAUUACCAACCUGAAGCCACCGGUCCACUCGUGGGUGAGCGCCAGAGCAGUAGCGCAAUCACGACGGAAUAUGCCAAUGCAGACCUCGUCUACAGGAUAAAAACUGCCGCAUUGCCCCAGAAGUACGCCUACUUCCGCACUUGCCGCGGCGAUGGCCAUUGUGGUUGGCGAGCAAUCGCAUUCACCUACUUCGAGGCUUUGCUCCGCGCUGGCGACGUGAACAAGUUCGACGAAGAACUAUGUCGCCUGCAAUCCAUGGGCAACUUGCUCGUUGUCGCCGGCUUCCAAGAGGACCUCAUCGAAGACUUCCGUGACGAAGCAUUGGACCUGCUGCGAAGAUUGGCCGCUUCCGAACGCUCAAUGGACGGCACUUCUGCCGACCUGCUCCUCCAGACCUUCAAUGAUUAUGGCGCCUCAAUGUCGAUAAUCACGUACUUCAAGCUCCUCGCCAGCGCAUGGAUCCAGUCGAAUCCCGAUGACUUCGUGGGCUUCCUGCUCGACUGUCCUGACAUUAAGACAUACUGUCAGCAAAAUAUCGAAGCGGCAGGUUGCGAAAUCGAAAACGUCUCCAUGGCCGCAUUGGCUGAAGUACUGGUCAAACCAGCAGGCUUCGGCCUCGAGGUACUCUACUUGGAUCGCUCUCCCGGCAGUGAGAUCAACAAUACCUUCUGCAUUGAGCCAACCAACCAAGAUGGUGUCCCCGUGCAAAAUGCACCCAUCCUACGAUUGCUCUACCGACCUGGACAUUACGACAUCCUCUACCGGGCCGAUGACUUUCCAUCUCCCGUCCCGCAGCCGCCUUUGCAGGUCGCUCUCGCAGGUUACACGGACGAGUUUGUUCCAAUGUCCUCUAAUCUAUCCGAGGUUAUGACCAUGAUUCCUGGCAUGUUUCCCACAGGGUUAGGCCAGCGGUGGCCAUCCGUCUCGUACUACGAUAGCCCAGACCCCGCACCGCAACCUCAAAUUGCAUCUGUGCCCACCUACGUGCCUGCCCCAACGCCGGCAGCACCAGUCGUAGCCUCGCACCAUGACUUCGUGCAUUCCAUCCACCCUAAUCACGUGGACCAUCACCAGCCGCCGAGCCUCCACAACAUUCAGCUGGAACCGCCUGUGACCCUCCCGAUACAUCACGCGCCCCCGCCUGCGCCGCCAAUCAGUAUAGAGAGAACCCCCUCGAUGUCCAUUGAGCGAGGCGGGCCGUUCAGGCCAUCUAUGUACGAGCUCGAGCCAGGCUUCGGUUCAGGACAGGUGCAUCCAUCGCCAUUCCAAACGUCGAUUUUCCGCAACUCUCAUUACAAUACAGCACACUUUAUGAAUCCAGAAUUCCAACCCGAGGAAUGGUCGCCGGAUUCAGAGUACGCUACCGGCAAUCGAGGCAGACACAAGUCGACUUCUUCGUAG